UAAACGCCUUGUACACAAGGGAAUGGAUAAUUUAUUUAUUAUGAUAUAGCGAACUUUAGUUCAUUCCGCCGUACAAUGCAAUGGAAUGGUCGCAGAAUUCGGCAACAGCUGACGCAUUCGUAAUAUUGAGUGUUUUUUUCAAUAAAAAAAAACAAUUUUCCUGAAGAUUUUCAUUGUUUAUAUUUUAUGUAAAUAUUUAAUAUUGCGUAGAGAUGCCCGCCACUUCAACACGAUUAAUUGAAUGAACAAAGAAUGCAUAAAUUUAAAAAAAUAAGUGCCUUUGACAAAAACAGAUUAACAUUAAGCUGAAAUAAACUACAAACAUACAUAUUGAACAUUGGAUAAACUGGGUUAACCUUAAAGUCUAGCAAAUUUCAUAUACCUUAUAAUCUCAAUAACAAUAUAAGAAGUUUGUGUAAAUUUGAAAAUUUUGUAAUUGGCGCCUAAAAGUAUGCUUGCGGUUAUGUUAGAUCGUGUGUGUUAGAAAGUGUAUACAAAUUAUUUACAACGCAUUUAAGGAAACCGAUUUUCACAUGUUUUCUAUGUACAUACAUAUGUAAAAUGUAUGUAAAAAACUUUCACUUUGAUUCAUGAAUAUUGGAAAUUUGCUAAUUAUCUAACCAUCUCUCUACCUCUCACUUUCAUUUUCUCUCUCUCCUUUCCUUAAUUACAGCACAUUAUGCUUUAUAUGAACUACUAUGACACAUUUGUGGUUUUCGCUUUGCCAUUUUUGACAAUCUCUGUUUUGAACACAAUUACCGGUUGUCGGGUAUGGAAAUUUGCUACCGUGCGGCGUUCGCUGACAAUGCAAAAAAGAAAAACAAAUCGCUUAUCGAGAGAUGUUUCAUCCAAAUUUCUGUCCGCUUCGUUGAAGCGUCAAAAAUCAACUUCUUCAUACUCAACGGCAGAAAAUAUUACUAGGGAUAUUGAAGUUAGAGUUAUCAGGCGAAAAUCACAAAAUUCCAAAGUUUCCAAUUCAUCACAAUUGAAAGUAACCAAAAUGUUAUUAAUUGUCUCCAGCGUAUUUGUAUGCCUCAAUUUGCCUAGCUGUGCGAUGCGUAUUAAAACGUAUUUGGAGACUCAAACUGCGACCAACGAAAAGACAACAGUAACCUGUCAGUAUAUAUUCCAAUUGCUUUUCGUCACAAACUAUGGCAUAAAUUUUAUAAUUUACUGUCUUAGCGGUCAAAACUUUCGGUAA